AUGUUAGAACGUUAUGUUCCACAUUUAUCUAAAUUUGAAUUUUAUAUUUCAAUUGUCAAUAAGUAUCCAAGAUUAAAUUUAGAUAUUGUUGUCAAUUCAUUUGAGUAUUUUGUUAAAAAAUAUUUUAAUUGGAAUAUAAUUAUUGAUCGAUGGGAAUUUUAUUGUCAACCUCGAGAAGAAUUUGUUAUGUUACGCACAUUUAAUUAUCGAAAACACAAAGCAAGCUUAUGUCUUGGGAUUCCUUUUAUUUAUGGUGAAUCGUUUGCAACACAAUCAACAGAACCAAAUAAUCAUCAUCUUUUUUAUUCUGAUAUUGAAAAAUUAAGAGUAUUCAAAACAAAGAAAAUGCCAAUUAUUACUUGGUCUGCUGUUCGUUUUCAACAAAUCAAAUAUCUGAUUGUAGAAAUGCCAAUAAUACGUUCAUCAUUGUGGAACAAUUUAUCCGAUAUUGUUAAAUUUAGUAAAACGAGUGAUAAUGAUGUUGCACAACAAAGUGUUACUUAUCUGUCAUAUUUUGUUCAGUUAUCGCAUGUAUCUCAAAUAGAAUUUGGAUCAACAUUCGAUAUAUCUAGAUGGAAAGAUGUUCGAUUUAUUUUACAAGCCUGUCCAAAUGUGAUUAAUCUUAUAAUUGGUAGUCGAUUAUUGGUUUGA